AUGGCUCCAUCUCCGCUCAACACUCCGACCCGAGGAGGCAUGUUCAAGACGGUCGGGGCCAUGGACCACACCUUCACCCCCCGUCGCCGCAUGUAUGUCCAGCAGCUCCCACCUGUUCAGGAGUCUUCGAUGGAGUCCAUUGAAGGACGUGCCCCACUUGCUACCACUGACCCCAGCGACCCCUUCGCUGCGCUCCGGCCCAUGUACAAGAACACCAACAACUCGCCGUCUGCCUCAUCGGGCGACUUCUCUACUGUCAAGAACGCUUCUCAGUCUAGAGAGCCCACUGGCCUUCAAUCCAAUAUCCCCAUAAGCAAGGACGACCAGCGCCAGAAGAUGCUUGCAGACUCCACUCAGAGCAAUGCUCACAAGCUGGACCCGACUACCGCAGAGUUUCGACCAGCUGCUGCUUUCCAGUCCCCCAACGUGUACGCCCUGCAGGUUUUCCAAAACCAGAACAACGCGACUUUCGCAUCGAAGACCUUCCAGCCUCGGGGCAUUGGUUCACCAAAUAGCUUUCAUUCUGUCAUCGCUUCUGGACCGAAUACUUUUGCUCCCCACACUGGUGUUGUUUCUAACCAAACUUCCAACGGCACACCCAACGAAUACACCACUUUUCCAGCCCAGAUCGGCGGUUCGCAGGCGCAGCUUCUGAUUCCCUUCCCCAAGAAUAACGGCGUGACCGUUGUCAACGGAACGACUUCACAAACCGCCCCCAGCGGUACCAGCGGUACCAUUGGAGUGACUUACGGUGGCCCAAACGGUAACAUGUCCCAGCAGCAGCAGCAGCAGCAGCAACAGACAAACAUCGCUGCAAUGACUUUUGCUGUCCCCAACGGUAGUGGUGUUCAGCCAAAUGUCAACAUGAACCAUUCUUUGACUCUAGGAGACGGGAACGCGCCUCAGCGUCACGCCAACACCAGCGAGACGACUUUCGCCCCGCCCCAUGACAGUGUUGUCCCGAAGUUCAACAACAUGAACGGAUUGAACAGCACCAACUUUACUACUCGUUACGGCAACGGCGACCAGCAGCACGACAACGGCGCCCAGAACAUGCCUAUGGCUAACCCCUUAGCCCUGAACGAUGCACACAACAAUGCGAAUGUCAUGGCUCCUGUCUCCACCGACAGCAUUGGUAGAUCUCUCGAGCAAGCGUCCAUGUCCGCUUUGCAGGCGCAUCUCGAUCUCGGAAGGAAGUACCCGCAGGCACAGCUUGGUCCAACGCCCGCCCUCCCGCAAGGACCAACUCGUCCGUCACAGUAUUCGAACGAAUUCACUUCAUUCCAACUCCAGGACAACGCCUUCAUGCGGCAGCACGAGACCAGCACUCCUAUGGGCGCCGAAGCCGGGACCCAUUAUGGCCAACCUGCUCCCGUACCUUCGGCCAGCAUGUACAGCAGCCCUGGUGGGACUUUCACGCCGUCUCAGUACAUGGCCUCUCCCUCUUACCGAGGACGCACCGAUCCGCGCAGUUCUCACACCCACACCACUGCCAUGACCGAGCCGCCUCCUCGGUUCGCUUUGCAGACUCCUGUACCGGUCCAACAGCAGGUUUACAGCAAUGUGAUUUCAUCGCCCUCUGCUGGAGCUCACCUCUCGCCCGAUCGCACCGCAGCCUCGCCUGAGCGCUCAUCCUCCAACUUUGCAGUGGAUCCUUUCAACGGCCCGCCUCUGCCCGGCGUCAUCCAGCCAAUCGAGCCCCAGACUGCCAUGGUCCUCUACGAGAGCGCUGUGCCGGUGCAGAUUCGCAACAUGCGAUCCGAGCAGCUGAACGAGCUGACUGCGGGACCGACUGGCCGUCCCCGCCGAGAGGUAGCUCUGGACGCGGCGAACUUUCCCUUCAUCGAGAGCGCUCGCAACGCGCAGCCUACCAUCCAGUGUGGUGUUGUGAAGCUCAAGAAUAUUCCCUUUGGCACCAAGCGCGCAGAAGUUCUUGCUUUCCUUGGACGCAACUCCAAGGUUCUGAAUGACAGCCAGGAACCCGUUCACAUCAUUAUGGAACGCGUUACUAGCAGGACAAAUGAUGCGUACGUCGAGUUUAUGAGCAUGCAGGCCGCAGUCAACGCGGUCGAGAAGCACCAGAAGACCGUGGCGACUGGCCGUCUCAGCCGCCUCGGCGACCGCCCAAUCGAGGUGGAGCUUUCCAGCCAGUCGGCCCUCAUGAAGGACCUUUUCCCUCUUGCCAAGGGCGUCCGUUGGGAGGGAUCUGUGCCGGUCAUCCUUGAGGACCACCCCUCGGAGCCCUGGAACUGCUUCAAGGGAUUUGUCUCUGACGAGGAGAUGGCGAUGCUUGUGAAGCACGUCGAGGUUCCCCAGCGCUCACCCUUUUCUCGCGAUUGCCCCCAGCGCCCCUUCGAGUGCAUGAUCAGCACCCUCCGAAAGCUGCCCUGGUACAAGACUGAGGGCAUCACCAUCAAGCAGCGACACUCAGUGUACAGCGCAUGCAUCCAGCUCAUCCGCCUUCUCCAGCAUGCUCUCAAGGAGAGGAAGAACGAGGACCACCUGACGCCGCAGCUUCUCAAGCGCCUCUGGACCUCCGCGAUGCUCUGCCACGGCUUUACUGUCACCAUGAAGGACAACAUUGCUUACCAGGUCGACCUUGCCGAGGACCGCCUUCGCGAGUUCAACAUGCCUCGCUUCGCCAACAUGUGGGUGCACGUCUACACCCUGUGCCCCAAGCCCGGUACUCCACUGGACGUUCUCGAGUACUACAUCGCGAUUAUUCGCGAGGAGACUCACCGCACUGUCAGCCUCCAGCAGCCCAACAUCCAGGCUCAGAUCCACAAUGAGGGAACCCAGACCAACCUGUACUGGGGCUUCUUCUUCAAGGAGCUCAACCUCCCUCACGGACCGGAGUUCGACAACAUGACCUUGUCGCGGAUGGCGGAGCUGGAGUUCUGCGCCCUAACCAACAUCAUCUCGCGCGCCUUUGGCUGA